AAAAGCCACAUCCUGUGCAAAUCAAGAGGUAAAUGCUCUCAUAACGUCCCCGAGUCAACGUGUUACGUCACGUGAGACGCCACCGCCACGCGUGACGUAGUGAGCCAUCUGGCCAAUAGACGAUCUUUGCACGGAAAGUGGAAAGUUCUACGUUCUGCGCACGCGCUCCCGGGAUUAAUGUCAAGGCACAAAAGUGGCGCUACACCGUUUCGAGCUCUACUCCGGUGGUUGCCUUAGCGAUGGACGGGGACUCAGAACCAAACCCUGCCGUAGCAGAAGAGGCAGGGGAGCGGGUGGAGCCCAUGGAUGCCACUCCCUCCCAAGAGCAACAGACCACACCCCCCUCGGAGGAGGCCGAGGAGGCAGUUUCCAUGGUAACAGAAGAAGAUGGAGCCACAAAGGAGGGCAGCACAGAGGACAAUGAUGAUGAUGAUGUGGUUCUGGUAGGGGAGGAGGAUCCCCAGCCUUCUGCUACAGCCCUCUCCCAGGACACGCCCAGCACAGACUGCCUAGAGCAGGCUGCUGCCGUGGCAACUGUAGACAUGUCCACGGCAGAGAUGCCUUCCGUGACCCCCAGUUCUCCUGCGUCUUCCAGCACAUCCACAGCAGCGGCAGCACCUCCGAAACCUCCAGCCACAGAAGCAGAGCCCAUUGUCAUUGACGACGAGGAGGACUCUGAGCAGAAAGACACUUCCUCCUCCUCACCAGCACACCCUGGAGGCUCCUCAGAAUCCCACUCUCCAGGUGUACUCAGCAGCACUGAGCCAGAUUCAGAGAUCAGGAUCGCCAGUGUCACCACACUGGGCUCCAGUAGCCAGAAAGGAAGCGCCACAGCUUCUGCAGUAAACACACCGCCACAUCCAGCGGACACACAGGAAGACAUGAACCUGAUGAUAACCUCAGUGACAUCACUGCAGGGUGGGGCAGCGGCUGUCACAGCGGCAGGUGAAGGCCAGGCAGAGGAAAAUGGUCUGCAGAUUAGCAGUGCAUUCAGCCUGAAUCCCGACACCCCAUCUGGUCGACCAACAUCCUCCUUCAACCCCGGGAGGGGCUCAGGCCCCAUGGGCCAGCUGGUGCAGAAUGGAGACACAGGAACGCACAACAGAGCAGACUCGUGGAUCUCUCAGUCAGCGUCGGUCCCCCGCAACCAAAAACAGACAGGGGUUGACUCUCCGUCACCGGCCACCUCCCUGCCCAAACCUCCAGGCCAGUCUUCCUCAUCUACUUCCUCCUCAGGCUCCCAGCCACAGCCCAGGACAGUCAAGGUGACGUGUGCCAACUGUAAAAAGCCUCUGAAGAAAGGCCAAACGGCCUACCAGCGCAAAGGCUCCACACACCUGUUCUGCUCCACCACCUGUCUCUCUGCCUUCUCACACAAACCCGCCCCCAAGAAGAGCUGCACCAUGUGCAAAAAGGACAUCACAAACAUGAAGGGUACCAUCGUGGCGCAGGUCGACUCCAGCGAGUCUUUCCAGGAGUUCUGCAGCACGGGCUGCCUCGGCGCAUACGAGAACAAGCAAAACCCGCCCAAAUCAGGCCUCAAAACCAAAUGUACUGUCUGCGGCAAGCUCACAGAGAUCCGACACGAGGUUAGCUUUAAGACUGUGACCCACAAGAUCUGCAGCGACACGUGUUUCAACGUCUACCGCAGGGCCAACGGGUUGAUCAUGAACUGCUGCGAGCAAUGCGGCGACUACCUUCCCAGCCGAGCGUCAGCAAACCACUUCCUGCUGGUCGACGGCCAACAGAAACGCUUCUGCUGCCAGAACUGCAUCAGGGACUACAAGCAGGCCCACAGUAAACUUGCGAGCUGCCUGACCUGCAAAACGCUGAUCAAGACGGGCGAGGUGCUGCACAGCCUCGGAGCGGGCGGCACCAUGGGCUCCUACUGCUCCGUCAACUGUAUGAACAAGGGCAAGCUGGCGACGACCUCCUUCAUCAACACAGAGCCCACAUGUCACUUCUGUAAGAGGAAUUCAUUACCGCAGUACCAGGCCACCCUGCCAGAGGGAAACAUCCUCAACUUCUGCAGCUCGCAGUGUGUCACCAAGUUCCAGAAUGCGACUCUUCAGACGGCGACUAACGGACAGACGCCCCUCUCCACCACAAACAACACCGUCCAGCUGAAAUGUAACUACUGUCGAGGAGCUUUCAGCUUGAAGCCCGAAAUCUUGGAGUGGGAGGAUAAGGUUUACCAGUUCUGUAGUAAGACGUGCUGCGAGGACUACAAGAAGCUCCACUGCAUUGUGACAUUCUGUGAGUACUGCCAAGAGGAGAAGACGCUACAUGAGAUGGUUAAGUUCUCAGGAGUCAAGAGACCCUUCUGCAGCGAAGGCUGUAAGCUGUUAUUUAAGCAGGAUUUCAUCAGACGACUGGGUCUGAAGUGUGUCAGCUGUAACCACUGCAACCAGCUCUGCAAGAGAGGUUUGACCCGGCAGCUUGGCGGCAUGACCCGGGACUUCUGUAGCGAGGCCUGUGCCAAGAAGUUCCACGACUGGUACUACAAGGCGGCGAGGUGCGACUGCUGUAAGGUGCAGGGUAACCUGACGGAGUCUGUGAUGUGGAGAGCAGAGAUGAAGCAUUUCUGUGACCAGGAGUGUCUGUUGAAGUUCUACUGCCAACAGAACGAGCCCAUCAUGGUGACACAGAAAGGCCCUGAGAACACCACACUGGGGUAUGAAAUGCAGGGGGCCAAACUUGGGCUGGUGAACCAGGGUACUGUGGCGUACGCUGGUGGAGGUUUGAUAAGAGAUGUCAAGAACAAGGCAGUGCUCUGUAAGCCGCUCACACUGACGAAGGCGACAUACUGCAAGCCACACAUGCAGAGCAAACUCUUACAGACAGAUGUAGACGAUGGCGUGAAGAGGGAGUAUAUUCCUGUACCCAUACCUGUACCUGUCUUCAUCCCCAUUCCCAUGAACAUGUAUUCCCAGGUCACUCCCACGCCAGUCUCUCUGCCUGUACCGGUUCCUGUGCCUGUGUUCCUGCCCACCACCCUGCAGGGGGCGGAGCAGAUUGUCCAGACCAUCAACGAGCUGAAAAACAAGGUGCCCUCUGACCCCCUGGAGGCCGACCUGAUCUCCAUGGCUGAGAUGAUCGCAGAGGACCAGAAGCCAGAUGUGAAGCCAGUGAUGGUGAAGAGUGAGCAUGGAGGGAAGGAACCCUCUAGCAGCAGCUCUGAGGAAGAGGAGAAGAUGGAGGAGGAGAGGAUGGAGGAAGAGGUGAAGGUGAAGGAGGAGGACGAAGAUGUGUACGAGCCCGACCUGGACCUGGAGGCAGACUUCCCUCAAGCCUCAGACCCUGCUCCAGUCCUCGAAGGGAUGGACGAGGACAUGGGCUUCUCUCUACCUCCGGUCCUGGCUGAGGAGAAGGAGGAGCUGGAGGAGUCAGCGCCUCGACCGCAGCCCAGGAGACAAGGGAACAAGAGGCAGGCGGUGGAGGAGAGCUCAGAUCUGGUCUCGUCUUCGUCUUCCAAUCCAGCUGGCAGACGCUCAGAAGGACGGUCGCUGCCUCUCAAAGCUCGAUAUGGUAUCAAUGCUUGGAAACGCUGGGCGCUGUCUGCUUCUGACCAAUCAGAUGACACCAAAGAAAAAGGCGACUCCAAACCAGCCCGCUCUAAAAGUAACCUGUUGUCGCUGAGUUCAAAGGAGCUGAACGCAGCUCUGUCCCGGUUUGUCAGGGAGGUCUGCCGGCCCAGCGGGGAGCGCUACUCUCCAGACAGCAUCCUCUACCUCUGUCUGGGGAUCCAGCAGCAUCUCCACGCCAAAGGCCGGAAGGAUGACCUUUUCAGCGACCCGUGCUACCAGCAGUUUGGAGAGGAGCUCAACAAGGUCCUGAAGGACUGGCAGCCCAGCGUGCUUCCUGAUGGCUCGCUGUGGGGUCGAGUGGAGGAGCAGAGUCUGUGGAGCAGCCGGCAGCUCGGGCAGCAGAGUCCGGCGGCUCUGCUGCGCUCUCUGGUUUACCUAAACACCAAAUACUUCGGCCUGCGCACCGUGGAGCAGCACCUCCGCCUGUCCUUCGCCAACGUCUACGGCCCAGACACCAUCCAUCCUGUCACCAAGGAGACCACCGUCUGCAUCCGCGUGCCUUCCAUCUCUCAGGAUCACCACGUGCAAACAGAGUCGAGGAAGAGGAAGCGUACGUUGGAGGACGGCGAUCAGGACUAUGAACCAGACGACGACUCGGGAGGCUCCACUGUACGCUGCCCGGUCAAGAAGCACGAGUGUCACCUCUACGACCUCUACAGAUCCAAGUGCCCGGCAUUGUUGCGGGAGCGUCUAGACGUCUUCUACGUUCAGCCGGAUCUGGCCCGCAGCCCCGACGACCCGCUGUGGUUCAGCUCCACGCCACUGGAGCGACAGAUCCUGGAGAGCCUCCUCACCAGAGUCCUCCUGGUCAGGGACGUUUACACAGACAAACAACACCUAGAGGAAGACGAGGAGGAGGAGGAGGAGGAGGAGGAGGAGGAGGAUGGGGGUGAAGUAGUCGGGGGAGAGUAGCAGUUGUUUUGACUUUUUUUUUUUUUUUUGUAGUAGAGCCUGAACAGUCAGCAGAGGAGGAGGAAGAGGAGGAUAGAGCUAGUAGUGUGUGUGCUCCUCUCCUGUCUUACCCUCCUCGCUGACUUCCUGUUUCCUCCUGGUGAGGAGCGUCCACAACUGGGAACUCAUAGAGGAUGAUGGAUGUGGAGGUGAAGAGCAGCCCAAACGUUUACUUCUGCAGAUAGAUUCACAAACAGAGGAGGAGGAGGUGGUGAUGAAGCUAGAGGACGGAUAGGUUCAUUGUCCCCUCAGUCAUAAACCACAGGAGGAGGCACAGAUGAGAAACGAGGCAAAGCUGUAAUUAAAGUCGAACUAAGCAAAAUUCUGUAGAAGUGUAUUGACAGUUAUCACCAUAUUUUGAUACAGGAAGUGCGUAGCGUGCUUAUAGUGCUCAGACAGGCAGCUUAACUUUAUAGUAUCAUGCUUUAACAAACCAGGAGGCUACAAGGAGAUGAAGUUAUUUUCUUCUGUCUAAACUUCAUGUCCUCCUUGUCAUCGCUCUGUGGAUGGAAAAGAGGAAGUGGAGUGCUUUGGGCUUCAAGAGAGUUUUCAAUAACGGAUUGAUAAGUGAAGGCGAAGGCAGAUAAAAAGGUCUGAGUGAAACCAGAACAACAAGAGGAGAGUAGGAUGAGUCUAGAGUGUCAACAGAGGUGGAGGCUGGAAGAUCGAAAUUCCAUCUUUGAUGCGGUUCAGCUUGUAAAAUCGAAACAUGACAGAUAAAAAAUGUUUGCGUCAAUAUUUACAGCUCAGUUUAGCUGAUGGUCAUGCAACAGGAAGUGCUGCUUUGUAUUUGAAAGGAUUAUUAGACAUGAAAUAUUAUACAGCCGAAAAAUAUUGUUGCACUGACUGACAGGUGGAAAGAUCCAGGUUUGACCCAUCAGUGAUGUAACAAAGGACUUUUGUCCACUUCACUUGUAGGAUUUUAAAUUUUCGACCGCUGGACGAACGCAGCAGUGUAAUAUUCUGUGUUUUGACAAAUAUUUUGUUCGGUACAUUUAGGAUUUAAAGCUCCUGCACACCCACACAACUGUCACUUUGUCAUACUUUGGCUCAGGUUAACAUUCAGCGGUGUUGAGCUGCCGUCAGACUGGAUGUUGGCUGGUGGAGUUCAUUCAUGAGGUGAGGACAGGAAAUCGUAUGAGUGAGGCUGUUUCAAUGCCAGGCCAGUUUUUGGUGGAUUCACAGGUCAAAGUUAGUUAUUAUUUCAUAUAUUUGUUUCAUCACGACCAGACUACAAACUGCAGUGUUGCCCUCAAACAUGAUUUAUUGUAUGAUUGCUCUAAUCAAUAUUAAUCAGAAACAUGACAUCACUGCCUUUUCAGGGCUGAGUAGGACAGGAAUGUUAUGUGACCUUAUAUUUUAUGCAGGGAUUAUUAUGAGGUCACCAAACUCCUAAAACAACUGUGCUUAAUGCUGUUAUCUCACGAUUACAAGGCUUGUUUUCUUGUAUUAGUGGGUUGAUUUCUGUAGAUUCUUGAGAAAACAGAGUGCUGAUUUCCAGAGAUUAUCACAAGAAAUCAACUUGUUCUCUCCAGAUCAUGAGAUAAGUAUGGAGAACUUAAAACUGAACGUCUGGAUCAUUUCACACCUGAUUUCAUGCAUGCUGGCAUGGUGCUCCUGAUCUCUGAAGUAAUAACAGGAAACAACCUUUUUAUCGUGAUAUCAUUAACAAAAUAAUGAACUCUUGAUCUUGAUAACAGCAUUAAAAAAUGCAAGCAAGUCUGUUCUUGUCUUCUGUAAAUGAGAACCAAAAAGCUGUAAAUCAUGCUGCUUUAAACAGGUGACACAUUAGGUGCAUUUCCAUCCACCUGUUUUUAUGCACAUUUGAAUUUAGACAUGAAUAAAACCUGUGUGGAAACUUUUUUAAAAAAAAUCUCAAAGUAUUGCAAAUAGUUUUUACGCUUCGAUCAAUCAAUACAAAGUAAAUGAGAUUAUGUGCAAUGGAAAUGGAAGCAGCUAAUAAAUGUACAAUCAUGACGUUCCACCAUUUUAUAGGCUACAGUAAACUUUGUCGUCUGCACACAGGGCCGUUACUGCAACUCUUCCAAGACCACAGAGCGCUGUGUUCCCUUCGUCCAGUGUGCUCUCUGUUCUUAGACAUGCACUGUUUUCCAGUGUUUGAAUUCUGAUCCAGACUCUUAAUUACAUCAUCUCGUUGCGCCCUCUUCUUCUAAUGGCACCUGACUGGAGCAUUAGCACCACCUACUGCUUAUUUCGACAAACUAACUCCCAGUAUUUGCAUAAUUGAUGGAAAAGCAGAUACAUUUUUCUUUUGAGUUUCUAAAAAAUUUGGUUGAAAUUUGCACCACGUCUGUUUGGAAACACGACUACAGGAGUCCAGUAAAGGGAUCUAAUCAGGUAAAUCAGUGAAACCACCUGUGUGGGUGUGUAGGGCCUUUAACAUUGCGAAAUUAAUCAGGCUUGAGUGUAUCUUGAUGAUUGCCAGUACUGUAUAAGUGAUGCUAUGUGGUGCUGACAGUGUGACAGUUUCAUCAGCACAAGUUUUCCUAUAUCAGGUCUCUGUUGCAUUUUCACUGCACAAAGAUGGAAUUUCUGAUUAUCCAGCCUGUCUUGAACUCAGCACAAAGCCUCUUCCUCUCAGUCAGGGCGACCUACUGGUUUCCAGUGUCACACAUCUCCAUUAUAACUGGGCUGCUUUCAUUCCUCGCCAUCAUCCCGCUCACUGCUCUUCCUCUGUCAGUACUGCUCUCAGGCGAAACCCAUGUGCACCACAGAGGACUGGAGGAGUCAGGACUGAUCCCAGGACAGACUUUACAAACCUCGUGUUAUAUCUCGUCACACACACACCUGACUCUCGCUGUGUGGUGCGGGUUAACGGCGACCUGCCGACAUGCUGCGUUUCUUUAUAGGACAUUAGGGGAACCUUCAUUCAUGCGAUGUAGCAUUAUGUGCGUACUAAGCCCAGAUUGGGUUGCUUUGAAGUGUAAAUAUCUCUGAAACAAGGCGGUGGUUCGAGUCUCCACAGAGAGGGACACUGUGUCGUAAACACCCACUGAAACCUUCAGCUUGAAAAACACCUGCCUCCCGAGAAGCCUUUUUAGAAAGACUGAUUAUUUAUUUAUCUUUUUAUUAGUUUGACUGUUUCCUCUUUACGUUGGGAUAGGACUUUUAUGGGUGCCAUCUCCGUCUCCACCCUCAUUCAUUGAAAACCUGCUGCAGUCCCUCGCCUCUCUCUCGUCCAUUUAAAAAGGGUCUUUGUGCAGGAACCUGCUAAACAUGAAGGACACGGAUUGCUCACAGCUCAAAAGACUGUCUUUGUUUCCUUUCUGCUUUUGUCCCUGUGUUUGGACUUUCCUGGCGUUACUCUAAGUCUCCUUUUAAACUUAAUCUUGGUUUAGUUUAAAACCUGAGCGCUUGUUCACGAGUGCCCUCUCCUCCUUCUUCCAGGCUGUUUAAGAGUGCCAGCACCGCGAGACAGAAGCUUAUAUUGUAACAACACAUUGGUUGGAUUAUCCAUUGUUUAUUUCUUUGAUUUUUAUUUUAUUUUAUUUAUGUGGUUACAGUCCCCCUUUUUUACUUUUCAUUUUUUGAGUUUUAUUUGAAUUUUCGUUCUGAAUGUUUCAAUAAAUUGGAAAAAGUGUCAUCAAAUUUAAAAUCAAGUGACGGUUAUUUGAGGAUUUUCUUUUUCUUUUUGUACUUAUAUUAACUUUGAUUUAAAUUGGGAGAAUACUCUGAGAUAAAAUUUUACACCCAAACAAAAUGUGUGUUUCCACAGCUUGUGCUUAGAAUAUAAGGAACACCCUCCUGGGGCCAGAUGCAUCAAACUCUGUAGAUUCACGACUAGAAAAGCAGAAAUGUGCUUACGCAAUUGUUUCCUGAGAUUUAUAAAGUUGCGCGUAUGCCUGGUAGUGAUUUAUAAUUCUCUAUUUUUGUGGAGCUGGGUGCAUGGGCUUUAUUUUCACACCACAAUUCGAUAUAAAUGGAUGUAGAAAGGCCUUAAAACAUCUGUGUGCAUAUUGAUACUUGUGCCCCUCCACCUCUCAUUACACCAGAGUGCAAGGAGAGCUGUGGCGAUUAAUCAGUUAGUCAUCAACCAUUAAAUUAAUCUUCAGCUAAUUUGAUAAUCGAUUAAUCAAUUUGAAUAUUUUUUUUUUAAAUCAAAAAGUCCAAUUUCACUGAUUCCAGCUGGCUUAAUGUGAAUAUUUAUGACAGUAAACUGAAUAUCUUUGUGCUGUGGACAAAAUGAGACAUUCAAGGACGUCAUCUUGGGCUUUGGGAAACCCUGAUUGACAUUUUUAACAAUUUCCUGACAUUUUAAUAUUGAAUAAACAACUUACAAAUUAAUUGAGAAAGUAAUUGACAUUGGCGGUUAGUAGCAGCCCUAAUUGCGAGGUUCUCCAACGAUGCCAGAGCAGCUGUCAUUACGUACAAUGUGGAAAUAUGUAGCGUCCGUACCACUGAUUCAUCACAUUUCUGCAAACCAUCAUCACGGUAGAAUCUCAAUCAGCAGUAUUAUUAAACGUCAGAAGGAUGAUCAAUGAUUUAUUCUUGGCUCUCAUGUUAAAAUUUAAAGUUGUUGCAAUUUAGGAUGAAAUUAAACGAUCACUGAAAAGGAGAUGAUGCUCAGAUAUAAAUAAAAAUAAUGAUAGAAAUGACUCAUCAUUUAAAAUGUACUUUAUAAACGCACCUUUGACAUUUAACAGAAUGCUGUGGGAAAAUGCGUUCGCAUGGUUUAUGCAUCUGGCCCCAGAUGUUGCGUUUGAUCCACUGUCCUCCUGACGAAGGUGGAUUAAAUUAGUGAACUAGGUUUUAUUUGAUCCAGACAGCAGGCGUUUCUGUCAUUUUGUCCACUCCUCUGUGCAUUUAACAGUCUAAACUGCAGUGUAACAUUUCAGGAAUAAAGGUUUUGUGGACUUAGAGGAAGAACGCUGGUCUGAGUUUCUGACCCCAGACCAGCGUCACCAGCCCCAGGACCUUUAAACUCGACUUAUGGAAGUUAACUCAACUGACCCUGGAUCAGAUGACCCUUGUUGUUAGUUAACCUGGCUGAUAUUUCCCUGCUGGACUCAGAGGCAGAGACCAAACCUGCCACAUGGUUUGGACCUACAGUAGAUGCUGUGGCUGGCUGUAACGCCUAAUGUGAAUGUGCCUAUCUGUAUAUACUGAAAGUGAGUGAUUGUGACUUGAGUCUGAUGCUAUGUGUGUGGGCUGAUCUGCUGAUACGGUCAUGUUAAAUAAAUGAGUUCAUUUUCUAACCAGA